UUUUGAGGUUGGGAGAUGAAUUCAGAGAAAACCAGUGGCACCAUCGUGUUUCUCGCGAACUUUUACAUAAUAAUCAAUGGUCAAAUCGCAAAUCCCUCACACAUGCAACAUCUCCAUUCAAGUGACCUGCUCUUUUGAAUGGUAUCCCAGCGUUUGAAUUGCAACCAUUCCUGAUGAUCGAAUUGCUGUCAAUCACAAAGUUUUUAAAAUACUUCAACAAGUGUCGGUUUCGGAAUCAGAUAUUGACAGGCAAGACGAGAAUGAAGGACUAUUAGAGUUAAAAGGGUAAUUAUUCAGAAUGCAAGCUAUUAUUACGGCUGUUGAAUUUGAUUUUAAGGAAUAUUUGAUAAAGUUUUGGUUAUAGGUUCUCUUUUCUAAUAAUUCUCAACUAUUCUUUUUUGUUCUUUAUAAAAAUGCAUAUGUAUUGGCAGUGUACAAAGCACGUUGAAGGAUAAAUGUACAACGAACAAAAACAUAAUAUAUCUUCAAUACGAUUACUGUAGUGUACUUUACCCUAAACGCUGUCAGAUGUAUUCAGAACAGUUCCUCAGGGCGGUUUUUACUUGGAUUAAGAGGAGCCUUCAUUUGAUUAUUCCUUCAGCAAUAUUUUACAAACAACUGGAAUCGUAAUUGGUUCCAAUACAAAACGGAUACUGGUCAUUCAUCUCAAAUACAAAAACAAAAUCAUUCGAUGUGGGAACUAAUUAAAGGCGGAGCUCUGAGAUAUAAGGGAAAACUUUUUUCAAGGCGAUGCUUUAGUUAAUGACUUCUUCCUCGUUUGAUCAAUAUGAUAACUUGGUUUUCGUUGAUGUCACAAUGUCAUUGUGUAACUUGUUAAAAAAUAGUCAGUUUACAUCAAUAAGACGCGAUUAAUCGAUAUUGUUCGAAUAUUUUGCAAUUGUCUCUAACGGGUAUAAAUCAUAAUUAUCAGCUGAGAUGUAUAACUAUGCAUGGAAGCUAUACAUGCUAUAGCAUUGAAAAUAUUAUGAUACAUAUCGCCUUUAUUUGUGGCAUAAAUUUACAUACAGAAGUUUUAAGUUCAAACUUUCCAGUAUCCAGUUACCGUGAAAGUUCCUUUCGGGAUUUAAAUGUGCUUAAAACGUUCCUUUUUUCAAUUACAAAUUAUUGAGUCUCUGUCAGAGCCUUUCACAGUCAAAAGUAAACCACCAACUCAGGGAAAUGAAAUCAUUCAUUGAGGCAUCAACGCUAUUUUUUCUUCUUAUAAAAGGACAUAUGGCCGAAACUCUUUUUGCCGGCAAACCCCUUUUAGAAGAGACACCCUCAGAUAAAAAACAGAUUCUUGAAAAGCAUAAAAUUGUGCCGGACGUAUUUUCACACAUGCCAAAGCAUGUGAUGUUUGGUCAUUUUGAGGGAAAAGAAAUGUCUUUUGGAAACAGCUUUACACCAGAUGAAAUUAAAAAGAAACCUGACUAUUUAGAUUGGCCAACCAACGGAACAAAAGCGCUUUAUUGUUUACUCGCAAUAGGCAUAGAUGUUCCUAGUAAGAAAGAACCAAAAUUGCGAGAUUUCAGGCAUUGGCUGGUUGGAAAUAUUCCCAGUACAGAUAUUGAGAGGGGACAGGAAAUUAUCCCUUACUUAGGCGCGGGGAAUUUUCUAGAUGAAGGUUCACAUCGAAUUUUAUUUGUAGUAUUCCAGCAACCCUAUAGACGAAAAUUAAAAUUCUAUGAGAGGAAUUUCACAAGAAGGGAACCGAUUGCUAGAGCAAGAGGUAACACUUCAACAUUGAAAUUUGCUGAGAAAUACGGUUUGAACGAGCCGGUGGCAGCCAAUUUCCUCACCGUAGAGACUGAUGUGCCUAAGUCAACACCAGACUACUACGCUCACAUGACGACUGGAGUGCCUCCCGACUGAUGAGGAAUCAGCAUCAAAACACAAAUGGAAGACCUUGCCAUCUCCUCCAUCCCGAGUAACAAGGAGUUUGAAAAACAGUUUAAGAUAAGCAAGAGUGAAGGGAGAAAAGGGGAAAAGCCGGAAAAGAAGGAUAAGUUAGGACCCUUUGCAAAUCAUUAUGAAGACAAAGACGAGGAAAAAGAAGAUUGCGAAGAAAAAGAUCGAGAUAAAAAAAACAUGAAGAGAGAGAGAGAGUGACAAUAUAUUAUGUGAUAAAAAGGGCGAAAAGGAAGAUAAGAUGGGAGACAAGAAAAAAAAAACGUUCUAUCAAAGAAUUAAUUUAAUUCCUACCUGUCAUCAUUCAUGUUUUUAUAGAAUCCUCAUGGAUUUUAUGCUCCAAGAAUAAGACGGCCUUUUGUUGCAAUAUUUCUUCAGACGAUAAUCCUCAAAAAUGAUCUGACUUUCCACGAAGGUCACCCGCAUAUUAUUUUAAA